ACUCCACAGGCGAAUUUCAAUUUCAAUCGUCUGAAACAGUGGAACUCUGUACAAGACAGCCGGAAAUAAUCUGUGCUUAUAGCAAUCGGCAUUUUUCUAUAACUGUUGUGCAACCACCUUUUAGAAGUUUAAAUCAGGCAGGCUUCUUUAAUUUCGUCUUUUAUUAACCUUCAAAAACCUUCGAAAUGGCAUUCAACUUUGGAACCCCCUCUACUGGGCAAAGUACUGGUUUUGCUUUCGGUGCUCAAUCCCAGCAACAAACAGCCCCAGCUUUCGGGGCACCUGCUGCAGCUGCUCCAGCCUUUGGACAACCUGCACAAAGUAGCUUUAGUUUUGGCCAAACUACCGCAGCACAACCACCAGCUACUGGUGGUCUCUUUGGAGCAGCAAAAUCAGCUCUUUCUUUUGGAACAGGAUCGACUUUUGGAGCACCCACAACAUCUGCUGCUGCUGCCCCAGCUUUCGGCCAAACUGCAACACCAAGCUUUGGAUUUGGUACAGCUGCAGGAGCAACUCCAUCGUUUGGUUUAGGUCAGCCAGCCUCUGCAGCCCCAGCCCCAACAUUUGGUGCCACAUCUACAGCAGCUCCUAGCUUUGGUUUUGGACAGAGUACUGCAGCUCCCGCAUUUGGAGCUCAGCAACCAUCCACCACUCCUUCAUUCUCAUUUAGCCAACAGCCAACACCGGCUUCAGCCGCACCAUCACCAUUUGGAUUGGGUUCGACCACAGCUUCAACGCCAGCGUUUGGCCAAACAUCGACUCAGCCAGCAUUUGGACAGACAGCCGCUCAGCCAGCAUUUGGACAAACAUCAACUCCAGCCUUUGGACAAACAACUCCCGCAACUCAGAGUGGUCUCACUUUUGGUCAAACAACUGCACCAGCGUCAACAGGCUUGAAUUUUGGUCAACCCGCGGCUAACGCACCGGUAGGAGGAGGUCUUAGCUUUACUCAAACAGCCGCACCGGCUUCAACGGGCCUCAAUUUUGGUCAACCCGCUUCAACGCCCUCGACUGGAGGCUUUGGUUUUGGCCAGCCGACUGCAACAUCUACGGCCGGAAGUUUCGGGGCUCCAAGCAGCGGAGGUUUGACUUUUGCUCAGCCAGCAGCAGCCCCUGCCACGGGAGGCUUUGGUUUCGGUCAGACUGCUGCAGCACCAGCUAGUGGAGGUUUGAAUUUUGGUCAACCGGCUGCGGCUGCGACUACAACGGCCGCUGCAACUCCUUUUGCUUUUAAUCAGCCAGCAACAACCGCUGCACCGACUUCAGCACCUCCAGCCUAUAGUUUCACCACUCCGGCAGCCACAGGAGGACUUAGUUUUGGUCAGCCAGCUACUUCUGCUGCUCCAGCUGCUGGCGGUUUUUCUUUAGGAUCAACUGGAACUUCGACUUUGCCAGGAUUUAGCCAACCAAGCGGAGCAACACUUUCUUUUGGAACCACUAGUACAGCAGCACCUACUUUACCUUCGUUCGGUGCCACAACUACCACCAGCGCUGCUCCAUCGGCUUUUUCGCUUACUCAACCGACCACUUCGGCUCAAGCACCAACAUUUCCUGCUCAGCAACCGACAACUACUACUGCGACUCAACCAGCUCCAACCCUCAAUUUUGGAUCAACCGCUGCUGCUCCUUCAACAGGCUUUUCAUUUGGAGCCCCAACUUCAACAGCCGAUGCAUCCAAGGCUGCUCCGACUCUCGCUGCCGCAACUACAGCACCGACCACUACAGCUGUUUCUGCUGCACCGUCGUUUAGCUUUGGAACUUCUGCGCCUGCAUCCACUGCUGCAACGGCCCCAGUUGCGACUUCGUCGAUUGUUACCUCGACUUCUGCUACCCCGACAAGCACCACCAGCACUCCCGGAACUGCUUUGACCUUCCGUCAAUUGGAGGAAUCCAUUAACAAAUGGUCAGUUGACUUGGACGAACAGGAGAAAAUAUUUUUGAAUCAAGCUACUUCGGUAGCCGCAUGGGAUCGACUUUUAGUCUCCAACGGAGAAAAGAUUGUUGCGCUGAGCGAUUCCGUCAACAGAGUUAAGAAAGAUCAAGUGCGUUUGGAAUCCGAAUUGGAUUUCGUUCGUGCCCAGCAGCGUGAACUUGAGGAGAUGCUCAUUCCCUUGGAAGAGAGUUUGCAACAAGAAGUCAACAACAUGCCACACGACACUGAACGCGAUCACACAUAUCAGUUGGCCGAGAAUAUCGAUUCACAAAUGAGACGAUUGGCUGACGAUCUGAAGGAGAUCAUCGAGAGAAUGAACGCAGCUAGUCGGCAACACGAAGCCACAGCUGAUCCGAUUGCCAAAAUAGCGCGAAUUCUCAACGCUCACACCGACUCACUCCAAUGGGCGGAAUCAAGCUGCACAGCUCUCCAGCGCAAACUUGACGAUGUGGGGCGUGGAUUGGAACAGCAGCGAAGAGAUCAAGACCGGAGUUAUCGUUUUGCUUAAGUUGGCCAACCAGCAUUCAUGUUUCAUACCCUCAUUGAUCACCGAAAUUGCAAAUUGAUGCUACCAUGUAAUUUUUGUGAGCUUACAAUACACUUUACUAAGUUUAUUAGAUUGCCAAAUGAUUUGCCUUUUUUAAAUUAAAAUCAGAUUGGAUUGAUAUAAAUUUAUAGAAACAAUUGACAUGAGACGCCGAAGGCCUUAUGUUACGUCAUUUCACAGACAACGCAAAGACAAAGAAUGGCGGUAAUUUCUGUACCUAUCCUUGAUUAGCGACAGGAGGCUGGGUGAUCAUUUGACUAAAGGUAGGCUAUUUAGGGGCGUACUUUUCUCACAUUCAAUUCAGUGUGUGUUCAACGUUCAGAAGUAUCACAUUCCCAGUUUCUCUCCCUAAAGGUAAAAAAAUGUCGGCAACUAAAGGCAUGAUGGUAUUUGUACUGGUGCUGGCUGUCACUAUGGCAGCAGACGCCAGCAGUAAGAAGACCAAUUCAAGCAAAGUUCAGCCCGUUGGUUCGUUGGUGGCCAAAGCCAGUCUGUCUCCUGUGAACGCGACUGUUAAUGGAACUGUCAAUGCAAAUGUCAACGCUACUGUCAACGCGACUGUCAACGCGACUGAAUCGGUGAAAUCUACAGAGAAGGUUCAAGUGACGAAGCGGAGUCUUGGCAUCGACAAGAGCGAGGGCAAAAGCCAAUUGAUGUCGGCUUGGUGGAGGAUUCCAACAGCUUUGUGGAACUUUAUCAGCCAGGUAUUCAUCGAUCCUCUCGUAGCAGUAUUGCGUCAAGUGUUGUCCAUUUUCGGGAUCGACACCGACCAAAUGAUGAACUUCCCAACGCAGAUGCAAUCACAAACGCCUAUGGAUUUCGUCUCCCAACUUAUGCCUCAAUUCACAACUCCCGUUAAUCCUACGUUCGCGUAAUUUGUCAUUAAUAAUUGAAAAUAAUUCAUCAGUGAUUUUUAUUCAGUGCAAUCUGCAGUAUAUGUGUCUGGUCUUGUAAGUGUAAAUUAAUAUACGACGAUAUUUUUUUACCCCAA